GAAAUAACCUCACCCUGGCUCUGCUCUAUCUUAUCUGCUGUUCUUCUCUUCUUCCCCUGCUCCGAUCCCGCUUUCCUGCUACAGAUCAGAUCUGGGGAUAUAAACACAGCACCGCCCCGACCUCCCUGUCCGGCUGUCCCUUUCCGCGAAUCGCCGCCCCUACCCCGUCCUCAAAUCGACGCUUCCUCCCUCCCUCCCUUUCCAGCCGCCAUCCCUCGUCCUCAAGCCAUCGCGCUCCCUCCAUAUCCGGCGCGGCGGGUCAUUAGCGGCGGCGCGACAAGGUGAAUCGAGUACUCUGCUUUUGUCGAGAUGUCUGACAGUCAUGAAACCGACAAGAACAUUGAGAUGUGGAAGAUUAAGAAGCUGAUCAAGGGACUUGAGUCUGCUAGAGGCAAUGGCACAAGCAUGAUCUCUCUGAUUAUGCCUCCACGUGAUCAAGUUUCCCGUGUAACCAAGAUGUUAGGUGAUGAAUAUGGUACUGCUUCAAACAUUAAGAGUAGGGUCAAUCGUCAAUCUGUUUUGGCAGCCAUCACCUCAGCUCAGCAGAGGCUGAAGCUGUAUAACAGAGUUCCCCCGAAUGGCUUAGUUCUCUACACCGGAACAAUUGUCACUGAUGAUGGCAAGGAAAAGAAGGUUACAAUUGAUUUUGAGCCAUUCAAGCCUAUCAAUGCAUCCUUGUACCUUUGUGACAACAAGUUCCACACUGAAGCCUUGAAUGAGCUCUUGGAAUCUGACGACAAGUUUGGCUUCAUCAUUAUGGAUGGUAAUGGAACUCUUUUUGGCACACUUAGUGGCAAUACUCGUGAAGUGCUUCACAAAUUCAGUGUUGAUCUCCCAAAGAAGCAUGGAAGAGGUGGGCAAUCUGCUCUGCGUUUUGCCCGGCUUCGUAUGGAAAAGCGUCAUAACUAUGUUCGAAAGACAGCUGAACUUGCUACUCAGUUCUUCAUCAACCCAGCUACCAGCCAGCCUAAUGUUGCCGGAUUGAUAUUGGCUGGUUCUGCUGAUUUUAAAACAGAACUGAGCCAAUCUGACAUGUUUGAUCAACGUCUUCAGACCAAAAUACUUAAUGUGGUUGAUGUUUCGUAUGGUGGCGAGAAUGGUUUCAACCAAGCCAUUGAGUUGUCAGCUGAGAUUCUAGCAAAUGUGAAGUUCAUACAGGAGAAAAAGUUGAUUGGGAAGUACUUUGAAGAGAUUAGCCAAGAUACUGGGAAGUAUGUCUUUGGUGUUGAUGAUACCCUAAAGGCUCUUGAAAUGGGUGCUGUUGAAACUUUGAUGGUGUGGGAAAACCUUGAUGUCAAUAGAUAUGUGCUUAAGCAUAGUGUUACUGCAGAAAUUAUCAUAAAGCAUCUGAAUAAAGACCAAGAGGCUGACCAGAGUAAUUUCCGUGAUGAAACUACCAAUGCUGAGUUGGAAGUUCAGGAGAAAACCUCACUUCUGGAAUGGUUUGCUAACGAAUACAAGAAGUUUGGGUGCACGCUUGAAUUUGUUACCAAUAAAUCUCAAGAGGGCUCGCAGUUUUGUAGAGGAUUUGGUGGCAUUGGUGGCAUCCUGCGCUAUCAGCUGGACAUUCGUUCAUUUGAUGACCUUGAUGAUGAUGAGGGUGUUUACGAAGAUUCUGAUUAGCAACUAAUCAGUCACAGGCCUGAUGCAAUCAUCACGAUUGAUUCUGAGUUUUGCUCGACUAUUUGCUCCAGAGCGCUUCAAAGAAGCUACCCAGAGACUGAUGGACGCUGGUCGGCUUCAUAUUAUGCUUUUUACAAGACUAAAAUAUCACAAUUCCUCUAUUAAACGGUGUCGAGAAGCUAUCCUAAAUCGAGAUGAGAGCUAAUCAAACCAAAGCUGGUUGUUAUCUCCAAUUCUGAUGUUCUGUCAAAUGCUGGUUUUUUAGCAAGUGGUCCAAUGGUAGAGCAUGGCAAACUGUCUGCCCUAAAUUUGUGUUCUUGACUUAUUGUAAUCUACUACUACUAUUGCACCUUUCGUAGGUGCUGUUUUUACCUGUUGCCAUGUGGGGAGGUUGGAUUGGAUUGCGAUUCAAGUGAACUUUUGGUGGUUUCA